AUGGGACGACAGCGUAAGAAAGUUUAUCCGUGCCUAUUGGAUCUAAGAUCCUUCAUAGUUCAUGCCCGAAAGUCGCAGGACCUGCAGGGCGACAACAUCCCAGUGCUAAUGAUCGGCUCGGGGGCGAGGAUGCCGAGGAUGGCCGACCAAGUGACGACCAUAAGGAGGAACAGGUACGGCAGUAACACGCAGCUGCUCUGGUGCAUUGACAGCUGCAGUGAGCAGGUGCGACGACUUGCAGCUGUUAUCAGCAUACAGCUGCACUGCGCUCACUCCAAUAACAGCUUUAAAAAAUUGCGGGAUCGCAUCAACGCACAUGUGAAAAUGUGCAUCACGACGGCACUCGAGCGCUUCCCUGCGGCACAGAAACUUAUCGUGCUCGAGGACGACCUCCAGCUGGCGCCAGACUUCCUGAGUUACUUCCGGCAGUGCGCGAUGUUGAUGGACAUUGACUCGUCGGUGAUGUUCGUGAACGCCUACCGCUACCACGCGAUGCCUCACACAUCACUCGACCCAGCCGCUCUGCUCAGGGCUCAGAGUUACCCCUACUAUGGCUGGAUGGUCCGACGCAGUGACGCAGAAUAUCUUUUGAAAAACUGGAUCUCACAGAGCUCAGAAGGCGACUGGGACUUGUACAUUAAAGUUCAUCUAGUGGGCAAGCGGAGAACAAUUCUGCCUGAGGUCCCGCGCACUAAACACCUGCGCGGUCCUGGCGUCCACGUGUCUGCUGAAGUGCAAGAGAGCAGCUACAACAGAAGGCCGUUGAACAGCCUGCCAGACGUGCAACUACGUCUGGCACGUACGUGGGAGCUCGCGUACGACAUCGACCUUGCCCUCAGCCUCAAUGCGUCCACUGUGGUUGACAUAUCACAACACCCGUGCCGGUAUAAGCCUAUACCACAACAUAAGAACACUUCGUACGUCAUAUUCAUAACAGCAGACGGAGACAUGGACGAAACAAAAUCAUUCUUCGUCGUUGCAAAAUGUCUGGGGCUGUACGCCAGUGAGUUGCACGAGCACUACGAGUACGUCUGGCGUCUACGCUACCAUGGCACGGUCUUCUACAUCGUCGGCUGUCCGGUCUCUCCUUAUUGUUUAUCAGCGCCAGAGCAGUGGUACACCCCAACAAAAGAGGACAUCAUAUUAGCUUCCCACCACCUCCAGCCCCAAGAUAUCAGCGAGAUGGGGAAGAUCAGAUGGCGGGUGGCGCCCCAGGCUCCUGAGGAGGAAUUUUACUUAACCAAUGUUCGGGAACAGCCUUUAACUUUUUACUUUCCGAGUUAAAUUAAUAAAUUAUUCAUUGAAUUGAAAUACUUUUUAUGAUCGUAUAAGUAUUGUUCAUGUGCAGUACUUUCCGAGUUAAUUUCAGUC